AUGAGCCACCAAAGAUAUCUAUCCCACGAUCCCGUCAAGGAACCCCAUUCCGUAUCCGUCAAAGUCCUACGCCUAUCAUGUCCCUCUCUCGUGUCGCAAUACCCGAUUGAGCCGCCCUUCAAGGCCUCGACCGCUACUACAUCCUCGCCUUCUCCUCCUCCUCUGCCCGCAUCGCUCGCCUACCGCCCCAGCGCCGCGCCAGCAACCACGACGAACCCGUCCCCCUUCCUGCUCAGCCCGAUCCUCAACCUGCCCGUGUCGUUUGGCUCCGCGUACGUCGGGGAGACGUUUAGCUGUACCUUGUGCGCCAACAACGACCUCACCGCGGACGACACGACAAAAAAGACAAUUCGCGAUGUGCGCAUCGAGGCCGAGAUGAAGACGCCCGGGCAGGGCAAGGCGCAGCGGCUCGAGCUCGGGCCCGCUGCCACCACCACCACCACUGCUGAUACGGACGCCGAUGGCGGCGCGGUCGCGGUCGCGGAUCUGGCGCCAGGCGGCACCCUGCAAAAGGUCGUCUCGUUUGACCUCAAGGAGGAAGGGAAUCACGUGCUUGCCGUGACGGUGAGCUACUACGAGGCCACCGAGACCAGCGGCCGGACGCGCACCUUCCGGAAGCUGUACCAGUUCAUCUGCAAGGCGUCGCUGAUUGUGCGCACCAAGGUCGGCGUGCUGGAUCCCCCGGCGGCCGCCCCGCGCGGCAAGAGGCGGGCGGGAGGCGCGUCUUCGCCGCUGCGGCGCUGGAUCCUGGAGGCGCAGCUGGAAAACUGCAGCGACGACACGAUGCAGCUGGACAGGGUCGUCAUGGAGCUGGAGCCGGGCCUGGCCUACCGCGACUGCAACUGGACGACGGCGCCGCCGCGCGCGGAGGCGAGCAAGCCCGUGCUGCACCCCGGCGAGGUCGAGCAGGUGUGCUUCGUGGUCGAGGCACUGUCGCGCGCGGCGCAGGUGGCGCGCGGCGCGGACGAGGAGGACGCCGUGGACGUGCUGGCCAGGGCCGCCGAGGCCGGAGGGCCGGACGCGAGGGUUCUGUUUGGCGUGCUGGGCAUCGGGUGGCGUGGGGAGAUGGGCAAUCGCGGGUUCCUGUCGACGGGCAAGCUGGGCACGCGGGUCGUGCGGUGA